AUGGCGGAUGACCAUAAAGCAGGGAGUUCCACAUCAGAAAUAACCAUGGAGAUUGGACUGAUCAAUAAUGGCAAUGCCAUCAGUUGGCAGCAGUCCUUUGGCUUUACAGUCUCACCUCAACCUCACCGGGCGGCGUCAUCUAUGCAUAGAAGGGUGAAAUUCGAUUUACCGGUGAACUCUGAACAUAUCGCCAAAGUCGUGAAACUAUUCUCCUUUGCAAAUCCACAUAUGAGAACCUUUCAUCUUUCUUGGAUAUCUUUAUUCACUUGUUUCGUGUCAACAUUUGCUGCUGCUCCUCUUGUUCCGAUUAUACGCGAUAAUCUAGACUUGAACAAAACCGAUAUAAGUAAUGCAAGUAUCGCUUCUGUCUCUGGUAGUGUAUUUUCUAAGCUUAUCAUGGGAGCUGUUUGUGACUUGUUAGGACCAAGAUAUGGUUGUGCAUUUUUUAUGAUGCUUUCUGCACCGGCUGUGUUUUGCAUGGCUUUGGUUUCGUCUCCUGGUGGAUAUGUUGCUUGCCGAUUCAUGAUAGGGUUUUCGCUGGCUACAUUCGUUUCAAGUCAUUACUGGAUGAGUACUAUGUUCAAUGUUAAUGUCGUUGGCUUAGUGAAUGGUAUGUCAGCCGGAUGGGGAAAUGUGGAAGGGCUUUCAAUUUUGAUACUUGGCCAAGAUCUGCCUGAUGGGAACUUGAGUUGCUUACAAAACAAGGGUGAUGUCGGGAAGGACAACCUCUCCAAGGUUCUGUGGUAUGCUGUUAAGAACUAUAGGACAUGGAUCUUUGUCCUUCUUUAUGGAUUUUCCCUGGGUGUAGAACUAACCACCGAUAAUAUUAUCGCCGAAUACUUCUACGAUAAGUUUGAUCUUAAUCUCCAUGUAGCUGGUAUGAUAGCAGCAUUAGGCAAUACAAACAAACCUUAUAGAUCAGGUUUUAAUGCAAUCAACGAGUUUGUGAACAAGAACUUUGAAAAGGAUGGAGAAGUGCGUAAAAAGAGACGUGAUAAAGUAUGGUUCACAGAAUUUCAGUUAGAGAAACAAAAGGAGAGCCCUUUUUGGCCUGUAGUAGAUGUCUUUGUUAACAAGAAAGCUGAAAAGAAGGAGGAGGAAAACUCAGAAAAGAAACAAGAGAAGAAGAGAGAUCUGUGGUUCAAGAGUCCUCAAUCAAUCUUGAAGAUUGUGAACCAGUUCCGCCAUGAUCAUUCAGGAAAAAAUGUCUUUGUUUUCAAUACUGCUUAG